UCGCGUCUUGGUGAAGCGUGGUUAUUCAGGAAGAAUUUUGACGCGGCAGCAAAGCUCAAAGCCUCACAAGAUAAUUGGUGUUUUACGGCAUUACGUCUAAACCAUAAUGAGGAGAUGAGUUCUCCUUUUCCGGAAGAUCUUCGCUAUGAGAGCUUAGUUGCGUUAUUGAGGGGUGAUGUUCGAUUGAACGUUCAUUGUUACGAGACUAUGGAUCUCGAAGCCAUGAUUCGUCAUUCAUACGAGUUUAACUUCAACAUCACGGCCUUUCAUCAUGCGCUUGAUGCAUAUAGAGUCCCAGAUAUAAUCAAACGCAGUCGAAAUCAGAUCACUAUAGCCACGUUUGCUGAUCAUUGGGGAUAUAAGAAAGAAGCUUUCCAGGCGAGCGCACAGUCUCCAAAGAUUUUGACAGAAGCGGGAAUUCCAGUUGCUUUGAAAAGUGACCACCCAAUACUCAAUUCGCAACAUUUAGCAUUCGAAGCUGCUAAAGCUUCUUAUUAUGGUCUCAGUGAACAACAUGCUCUUGCUGCCAUCACCUCUAUUCCUGCUAAAGCAUUGGGAAUUGACCAUCGUGUUGGACAAAUUGCUGUUGGAUAUGAUGCUGACGUUUUGGUGUGGAAUAGACAUCCACUCGCUUUGGGAGCUUAUCCAUUGGAAGUUUAUAUUGAUGGGAUUCCUCAGUUUAACACUUCUUCGUCUGUCCUGAGCGGUCCAACAGAUGAGCCAUAUACGUUAUACAAUGCCACACGGCACUCUUCUGUGGAUACCGAAGAACGUAUCGUAUCUUCGGUAGUAAUCAAGAACAUUGGUAAAAUAUUCGUUGGCGAAGAAUCCAUCAUGGAAUCCACGCCUGCUGGUUCACUCACAAUAACCGUUAGUGAAGGUCGCAUUAUGUGUAUUGGGCCAGAUUGUACUAUAACUGACACGGUUGGAUAUGAUGUGGUUGAUUUGCAGGGUGGAUAUGUAUUGCCAGGCAUCAUUGCCGCUGGAUCUACUCUUGGAUUGUCAGAAAUAGAACAGGAACAAAUAACGCAAGAUGGGUAUGUCAAUUCAUUUGAGAGUCCCGAUUACCCAAAGAGAAUAAUUCGCGCAGUUGACGGAUUAAAACUCGGCGGAAAGCAUCUUGAGAAAGCAUACAAAGGGGGCGUGCUUACUAUUAUCAGCCCUCCGAUGGCUAAUAAAGGCGUACUUGCUGGUGUGUCCGCUGCAUUUAAGAGUGCUAGCAAUAGUGGUAGGCCGUUGUUAUUGCAUAUGUUAUCGAUUAAAGAUCACCAGUGGUCAAAUACUUAUAUGUUUAAUACCACAAAUCACUUGACAGUCAUUGAUGACGAGAAUGAAGUUAUUGCCAAAGCAGAAGUCGCACUACAUGCACAAAUUGGUACCCCAUACAAAGACGAAUCGAUCACAACGGUAUCCGGUCAAAUAGCAUUCUUGCGCAAAGCCCUCCUCGAUAAUCUCCAGUUGAAAGGGUCGCCAAAUUUCUACGCGCUCGCCGCGAAAGGCGACAUACCAUUCGCAGUCUAUACGCAUAGCAAAGAUGAGAUUGCAUCUCUAAUCCGUCUAAAGGAUGAAAUAGAUGGGGCAGGUGGCAAACUUCGAUUAGUUAUCGUUGGAGGAGCAGAAUCUUACUUCCUGGCAUCUCACUUGGCCAAACGAAAGAUACCAGUGGUCGUCAUCCCGGCUAGACCUGUGCCCGAACUUUGGACUGCUCAGAACGUACUCACUGGACCCCCCAUUAGUAACAAGACACACAUUGAGAUAUUGCACGAGCAUAAAGUUUUGGUAGGUAUUGGUGUAUCAAAUCCCGGCCGGGCGAGAAAUUUGGUAUGGGAUGCUGGUUGGGUGUGCAAAAAUUCGAAAAACAACGCAAUUUCGGAAAAGGACGCAAUUGGCUUUAUUUCCUGGAACUUAGAGCAGAUAUUUGGGAUCGGUAAGCAUGUCGAGGGCAAGGGCAGAAAUAAGGGAUUUUCAGUAGGCGCAAUUGCGGAUUUCGUCGCGUAUGAUGGCAGUCCAUUCGACAUGAGGAGUCGGGUUAAGGUGAUUGCUGGUGGUGGAAAGAGGCAAAUUAUUAUUGAUCCUAAGCAAGAAUAA